UCCCGAUGACAUCAGCCAGCAGUCGGUUCCUCCAGCACACAGCUUCAUUUUCUGCUCAGAUUUUGUGUUCAAAUGGAGGCUGCUCUGGUGCUGUAGGUGCCUCUGUGUUCUAGCUGCGCCGUGUGCUGACAUGCAGCUCGUCUGAGGCAGGAUGGUGCUAGACGCUUCUAAUCCCAACGGGCCGUUCCCGCCUGUGGCUCUAAUGCACUUCAGAGAUGUGGCUCCGGCCGAGCAGGAGAAGCUCUUCGUCCAGAAGCUGCGUCAGUGCUGCGUUCUGUUCGACUUCCUGUGCGAUCCGCUCAGCGACCUGAAAUGGAAGGAGGUGAAGCGGGCGGCGCUGAGCGAGAUGGUGGAGUACAUCAACCACAAUCGCAGUGUCAUCACGGAGCCCAUUUACCCGGAGGUGGUGCACAUGUUUGCGGUGAACAUGUUCAGGGCUCUGCCGCCUUCAUCGAACCCGACGGGAGCAGAGUUCGACCCGGAGGAGGAUGAACCCACUCUGGAAGCAGCUUGGCCUCAUCUGCAGCUGGUGUACGAGUUUUUCCUGCGGUUUCUAGAGUCGCCCGACUUUCAGCCGAAUAUCGCAAAGAAAUACAUUGACCAGAAAUUUGUGAUGCAGCUUCUGGAGUUGUUUGACAGUGAAGAUCCACGAGAGAGAGAUUUCCUGAAAACCACCCUGCACCGAAUAUAUGGGAAGUUUCUCGGGCUGCGCGCUUACAUUAGAAAGCAAAUUAAUAACAUAUUUUACAGGUUUAUUUACGAGACGGAGCAUCACAACGGAAUCGCUGAGUUACUGGAGAUCCUGGGCAGCAUCAUCAACGGCUUUGCUUUACCAUUAAAAGAGGAGCACAAGAUCUUCCUGCUGAAGGUUUUACUGCCGCUGCAUAAAGUGAAGUCUCUGAGCGUCUAUCACCCGCAGCUGGCGUAUUGUGUGGUUCAGUUCCUGGAGAAGGACAGCACGCUCACUGAACCGGUGGUCAUGGCUCUUCUCAAGUACUGGCCCAAGACUCACAGUCCAAAGGAGGUGAUGUUCCUCAACGAGCUGGAGGAGAUCCUGGACGUGAUCGAGCCGUCCGAGUUCGUGAAGGUCAUGGAGCCGCUCUUCCGUCAGCUGGCCAAGUGUGUGUCCAGUCCUCACUUCCAGGUGGCGGAGAGAGCGCUUUAUUACUGGAAUAACGAGUACAUCAUGAGUCUCAUCAGCGACAACGCAGCCAGGAUCUUACCCAUCAUGUUCCCCGCGCUUUACCGCAACUCCAAGAGCCACUGGAACAAGACCAUUCACGGCUUGAUCUAUAACGCACUGAAGCUCUUCAUGGAGAUGAACCAGAAGCUGUUUGACGACUGCACACAACAGUUCAGAGCCGAGAAGAACAAAGAGAAGGCCAAGCUGAAGGAGAGAGAGGAGGCCUGGAUGAAGAUCGAGAGUCUGGCCAGAUCAAACCCGCAGUACGUUAUGUGUGUUGAUCCGUCUGGACUAAACAGUCCUGUAGAAAUGGAGACCGAUGGUCCCUUUAUAGAAGAUGUUCAGAUGUUAAAAAAGACAGUGCAGGCCAGAGCCAUUCAGAUGUCGAGGGAGCAGAGGAAGGAGCGGCCGCUCGUCAGGCGUAAAUCGGAUCUUCCUCAGGACUCCUUCACCAACAAAGCCUUGGAGACACACCGGCGCGCCGAAGACAUGCUGACCAACCACGACUAGCUCAGGUGUUCGUUUGGAGGCUCCACAUCUUCGGGGUUUUCUUGACUCUCUUCGUCUGGUCCGGAUGCUCGCCGCUGUGUGAUUGAGAACGCGGAGCGGAAAGCUUUCUUUGUGUUUCAGAUUUGUGUUUAUUUUCAGGGACGGUUGCCAGUGCCAAUACUGUCAUGCUGAUUAGCUUCCAUAGUUUUAUUUCUCUGUUUAUUGCUUCAGCUAUUGUGAUGUUUCAGACUAAAGCACGUCUGUCACGUGUUCUCUCUGUGUGUCGCUCAGAUCGGAUGACUUUGUUUGUUCACUUCUGUGCCACAGACAGUUUGGUUGAACGUGGUGUCUCCGCUCGUUGUGCUGUUUCACUGGUUCAAACAAUGGUUCAGUUUCUCCAUCGGAUCGACAGCUGAAUGUCACCAACAUUCCUGGAUCAGUUCAUCCGACACAAAGCUCUGGGAUCCGAUAGGAAUCUCUUAUGAUCUCAGACUCGACUCUCCAGAAGGACCUCAGUGCCUUCCAGCGGCAGAGACGAGGGCCUUCGGUCCGUUCGGAUGAAUCCAGAUCCAAACGCAGCAGUGUGACACCGACACUUCGAUUGUUCAUUUCCAUACGGAUGUUUUCCUGUUAUUUUACUGAACUACCUAGAAGCACUUCCUGAAAACUUGAAAACUCUACUGUGUGUAUGCGUGUGUGUGUGUGUGAGAAUCAGUCGCAUGCUUACAGUCAUUUCUGUACCGUUGUUUGAACUCCUGUAUGUUUAAUCACCGCUUUUUAUUAAUUUCUUUUCACCUAUAAUAAUUCAUUCAGUAUGCGAGUAUAUAAAUGUUGAUGUAUAAAACACAUUUUUGUCUCAGCUUCUUUUCCAAACACACUCACACACUCCACUGAAGAGUUUAUAAGUGUGUUUAGAGAAUUGAUUGUCUUUAACUGUGUUACUGUUGAAACAAAUGAAUGAAUGAGAAGGGCAGAAUUAUUCCUAUUUGCUGUAACUCAUGGUAAGUGUAAGCCUGAACGCCGAGUGCAGAGCGCCAUCGUCUGAAGAUGGUCCUCGAGAGGAAUUCGCUGCCUUCGUGGAGUGGACUCUGGAGAGAAAAAACUCCAGACCCAGUGCACAGCCCACCAUCUCCUCGCAGUGUGGAGCAUCAGGCCGAGCCCGCCAAUGAUGGAGAGCCAAUCAGUGCAAUACAGAGCGACUGAGCGGAGGAUCGCCCCAGAAGUAGAGCCCAACCUGUCAGACCAGGUGUGUGAACAGGCUGCAACGCCCAUCGCAAGGGAGAAAGCCGUGGACGGUGAGAGCGUGGAGGGGAGCCCACUGCACCGUGGUUGAAGGUGAGCUGAUUGUACAUCUGGGACUGCUGGAUUUAGAAGGGGAUCCGAUUGACUGGGAAAAAGAUCUGUAGGUCGACUUGCCCCCUGUCCUCUCUCCUUCGUCCCCGCUGAUCUCUUCCAGCCCUGAAGGGGCUCCUGUUUCCCUGUCCAGCCUGGAGUGGGCUUUGAUCCCCGAGUGCAGGUCUGAGAGCCCGGAAGGCUCAUGAAUCCCAAACACCCGCCCGCUCCUGCCUCCUCCACCGCUGUUGUCUGCCAGCCCCUCUGCUCGCCCUCAGCCCGCAACUAUACAGUGUGAGUGUAGAAUCCCUCACCUCCGCCUCCAGCCUCCGAGGCCCAGAAUCCCCCUUGGCCAGUAGACCCAGCGGCUUCACCUCGGCUCCUAGCUCCCUCGCCUCCACCAUCACCCAUCGAUCCACCAGCUCCACCGGGCUCCCUCGUCCCUCUGGCUCCGACUUGGUCGGGCGUUGACCAUCGCCUCUGGACUCUGUUGGGCUCCUUCCUCCUGCCAGCUCCACCUUGGUCCUCAAUUGCUCCAGCUCCGCCGCAGAUCUCCAGAUCUCCGCCGGAGCCCUCGGCUCCACCCUGGCCCCCCGGAUCCUCUGCAUCCCCCUGGGACUUUGGCUCCCGCCAUUGGUUGGUCCCCUGGAGUCGACGGCCAUUCCUCCUCCAUGGAUCCUCCCUCUGUCGGCUCCACUGUGGGUCAACAUCAUGGCUGUGGCCUAGGUCCAGCUUGGCUUCUCCUGCUCCAAGCCCCUUCUGUCUCUUCCUGAGCCUUCUCCUAAGUUCCCACCCAUACCUCCUUCUGUUGUUUCUACAGUGCGAAGACUCACCUUCGGGUAAAGGGCGAAAUGUCAGACUUUUGGACCUGUUUCGCCCCCGUAGUUCUUCCUGUGUUUCCUUAUUUGGUUUUGUUCCUGUCCUUGUUCUGUGUUUUUAGUUUGAUUAGUCAUCCCAUUCACCUGCGUUUCCCCAAUCAUCCCCUGUAUUUAAGUCUUAGUCUGUGCAGUCUGUCUCGGUCGGGUCUACUUGUUAACUAUGUGUGUUGGCUCAAACGCCUAUUGUGGUUUAUCCCCUGUGUUUUCUUGAUUAAAGACAGUUCACGUUUA